ACUAGAGGCAGCUUCCCUACUAGAGGCAGCUUCCCUACUAGAGGCAGCUUCCCUACUAGAAAACUGAGCGAUCAUCUUUUAUCUGACGUCAUGACAGCUGAAUCAGCUGCGAGCCUUCAGUUUGCAAAGAGCCUUUUUUCCGCCCCGACGCUGCUCUGACAACGGGAAUAUAUGAGAUUUUCCAUAAACCCUGAAAUGGCUACACAGGAGGUACAACCGAAUGAGACUCUCACUAACCUAAAAGCAGAAUCGGAUACGUUGAAAACGAAGCUUGAGGACGAAAGAGCGAAACUGCACGAUGUCGAACUCCACCAGGUGGCAGAGAAGGUGGAUGGACUGGGACAGUUUAUCAUGAAGACCCGGCGUACUCUGAAGGGACAUGGCAACAAAGUUCUCUGCAUGGACUGGUGUAAGGACAAGAGGAGGAUCGUCAGCUCAUCACAGGAUGGAAAAGUGAUUGUAUGGGAUGCCUUCACCACUAACAAGGAGCACGCAGUGACCAUGCCGUGCACCUGGGUGAUGGCCUGUGCCUACGCCCCCUCUGGAUGUGCAGUAGCCUGUGGUGGUCUGGACAACAAGUGCUCUGUGUACCCUCUGUCCUUGGACAAGAAUGAGAACCUGGCAGCGAAGAAGAAGUCUGUCGCCAUGCACACCAACUACUUAUCUGCCUGUAGCUUCACCAACUCAGACAUGCAGAUCCUGACCUCGAGCGGAGACGGAACCUGUGCAUUAUGGGAUGUGGAGAGUGGUCAGCUGUUACAGAGUUUCCAUGGACACGCCGCCGAUGUUCUAUGUCUCGACCUAGCUCCUUCUGAGACCGGCAACACCUUCGUCUCUGGAGGCUGUGACAAGAAGGCCAAUGUAUGGGACAUGCGCUCAGGCCAGUGCAUCCAGUCCUUCGAAACCCACGAAUCAGACAUCAACAGCGUCAGGUACUACCCCAGUGGAGAUGCAUUUGCUUCAGGCUCUGAUGAUGCUACAUGUCGUCUCUAUGACCUGAGGGCAGACAGAGAAGUGGCCAUUUAUUCCAAAGAGAGCAUCAUAUUUGGUGCCUCCAGUGUUGACUUCUCUCUCAGUGGCCGGCUACUGUUCAGUGGCUACAACGACUACACCAUCAACGUGUGGGAUGUCUUGAAGGGGACGAGGGUGUCCAUCCUGUUUGGACAUGAGAACCGUGUCAGCACUCUGCGUCUGUCUCCUGACGGAACGGCCUUCUGCUCAGGGUCAUGGGACCACACUCUCAGGAUCUGGGCUUAAAGAAGAAAAUGACACAGAAGAGGGGGGGGGGGGGGGGGG